AUGCAAAAGGUCAUGAUCAGUCGAACAGCCACCCAAUUGCCCCCCACUCUGCAACUCGGUUCUGAUGUAUUAUCCCGGCAUACUUUUCUAUCGCUCUACGUUGAUGGAUACUCAUACGGCUUUCAUACCCUUGCCUCACUUCUGGCCGGGUCAUCACCCAGGGGGCUCUUACAAGCCACAGUCGAUGCUGUCAGCCUGGCUUUCAUGUCGUUCCGGUUGAAUCGCCAAGAUAUAGUGCCUCUUGCGAAUAAGCGUUACCUGGUAGCUAUUCGUAGCUUGAGAAUUGCGAUGCAAUCCUCCCAGAAAUCAAGUAUAACUGGAGUCAGCGAAUCAGUUAACGACGAGACUCUGCAGUCUGUCCUUCUCCUAGACCUCUACGAGAAGAUGGCUUACCAUCAUUAUCAACUGUCAGAAUUUCCAGACUCCUGGUUGAGUCAUGUCCAGGGUGCACUCUCCAUGGUCCAGUCCCGCCCAAGAACAGAUUACUCAAACCCAACAACCCAACAACUCGCUACCCGUACUGUUAUUGCACUCACUCUCAGCUGUGGUGCAGCUGGUGUUUCAAUACCACAAACACUACAUAGUCUUCACCAUGACUUGGAUGGUUACGUACAGAACGCAAAGUGGACCUUCAUUGGCUUAUUGAUGAGUCUUGUCAACUUUCGUGCUGACAUGCGAAGUGGCAAGAUAAAAUCGCCCGAUAUCCUGACUCGUGCAAGGGAGCUUGAUAUUCAGUUCUCUCAUGCAGAGGGCAAGAUACCAUCGUCUUGGUGGCCACGACGCGUCAGCGAUUUCAACACCCAAUCAUUCGGCUACUACUACGAUGUCUAUCCUUGCCAUUACACCACUCAAGUCUUCAACGCAUACCGCAUCAUGCGUCUAGAGUUGAACGACGUCAUGAGGAAGAUUCACCCUUGCACUUCAGUUUCUGAGACCAUUGUCGAAGUAACAGAGGCGAUCUGCGCAACUGUACCCCAAUUUAUUCUCCCCGGCGUACGACCAGACAACAAUUUGCCCUUUACGCCAAAGCAGAUAUUGGAAUGUUCUGGCAUUUUGACUCCCCUAUACGUAGCUGCACAGGUUUCUGACAAUUCGGCAAUGCGGGAAUGGAUUCUACGCCUCUUUAUCUAUAUGGCUGAUCAGGGAGCUAGAUUGGCCGGCAGCGUAGCUCAUAUCCUAACGUCGGAGCCUGGGGUGGAUUACUGGGCUGUUUUCAAGAUGGCUGGGAGCUGCGCUGUCACAGCCUGA